UUGGCGGGCUGCGGACGUUCGUCAAAAACAUUAAAAUUAACAUUUAAAUUAAUUAAGAACCUGUGCAAGUGCAUAUUAUGAGCACUUAAUAUACAAGAUUUAAUAUACAUAUAAGAUCAAGUGAAAAGACUGUGAUAUAUAAUCAUUAAAGAUGAACCGGAAGCUGCAGAUUUUUUCCAAGCAUUUGCUCAGGCAACGCUGUGCGUUCAAAUCCAUGCGCAGUAUCUCCACGUCGAUGCCCAUCCUGAUCAGUCAUAGACACCAUGUGGGCAAAGAAUCCCUGAUCUAUCGUACCAUUGGCAACCAGUUGGAGCUCUCAGCAGCGGAAUUUGGAGACACGGAAGCCAUUGUCUCCUGUCACGAGGGCAAGCGUUACACCUUCCGGAGUCUGAUCCAGGAGGCGGAUGCUUUGGCGGCGGGUUUCCGCAAGCUGGGCUUACAGAGAGGCGACGCUGUGGGUCUGUGGGCACCCAACUACAUGCACUGGUACCUGGGCAUGAUGGGAGCAGCCCGAGCGGGUCUCACCUCGGUGGGCAUCAAUCCGGCCUUCCAGGGACCCGAGGUGGCCUACUGCCUAAACAAGGUCAAUGUGAAGGCCAUCGUUGCACCGGAAACCUUUAAGACUCAAAACUAUUACGAGAUCUUGAGGAGCAUCUGUCCGGAGCUGGCGGAUGCGGAUAACGGCAAGAUUCGCAGCGAAAAGUUCCCUCAUCUCCAAUCCGUGAUCAUUGACAGUAGCGAUGCCCUGAAGGGUGCCAUCCGCUUUGAUGAUCUCCUGGACAUGGCCAGCAAAUCGGAGCGCGAGGAAGUGGCCAAGAUCCAAAAGGAUAUCCUGCCCGAAUCCCCGUGCAACAUUCAGUUCACGUCGGGCACCACCGGAAAUCCCAAGGCGGCAUGUCUCUCCCAUAACAACUUUGUGAACAACGGCAUCCAUGUGGGCAAUAGGAAUCAACUGGAGGGUGAGAAGAUUUGCGUCCAGGUGCCAUUGUUCCAUGCCUUUGGCGUAGUUAUCACCAUCAUGGCGGGGCUGACCAAGGGCGCCACCUUGGUACUUCCGGCCGCUGGCUUCAGUCCCAAGGAUUCUCUGCAAGCAAUUGUCAAGGAAAAGUGUUCUGUUAUCCAUGGCACUCCCACUAUGUACGUGGAUCUGGUCAACACUCAACGGAAGCUUCAGGUGCCCCUCGGCAGGAUCAAGAAGGCCAUAACAGGAGGAGCCAUUGUGUCUCCACAACUCAUCAAGGAUGUGCGCCAAGUCCUUAACGUGGAAACAGUGCACAGUGUAUACGGUUUAACGGAGACCACGGCAGUCAUUUUCCAAUCCCUGCCUGGCGAUAGUGACGAUAUUGUGCUGAACUCGGUGGGUCAUCUGCAGGAUCACAUCGAAGCCAAGGUGGUAGAUGCCGAGGGCAGGUGUGUUCCGUUUGGCCAACCCGGGGAGCUGUGUGUUCGUGGAUACACCACCAUGUUGGGCUACCACGGAGAUGUGGAGAAGACCCGGGAAACGAUUGGCGUGGAUCAAUGGCUACGCACCGGGGAUCAGUUCAUCCUGGAGGAAAAUGGAUAUGGACGGAUCGUGGGCCGGCUCAAGGAGAUGAUCAUCCGGGGCGGCGAGAACAUAUUCCCCAAAGAGAUUGAAGAUUUCGUGAAUGCUCAUCCGCAGGUUAUCGAAGCUCAUGUGAUCGGUGUUCCAGAUGAGCGACUAGGCGAAGAGGUUUGCGUCUUUGUGCGACUGCAUGAGGGAGUUGAUCCCUCUUCCUUUACCGCGGAGUCCUUAAAGGCGUACAGUAAAGGCAAGCUGGCCCACUUUAAGAUUCCCAGGCAUGUGAUCACCGUCGAAACAUUCCCCAAGACCACCUCUGGCAAGAUCCAGAAGUUUAAGCUAGCGGAGGUGUUCAAGAAGAGUGUGGGCCAGGAACGCAAGUCCGCCAGAGCUUAGUUAUAGUAACAUAUUUUACUUGUAGCUGGAAACAAUAAAUUAAGGUUUUUUUAU